AUGAAAAUUCUCUUAAAGGAAAAUAGUUUAUUAAAAAAUAACUUCUAACACUUAAGAAAAAAUGAUAUGUAAAGCCUUCUAAAAAACAAUAUCUAAUGGUCAGAAAAGAUAAAAAAUGAGGAUCCUUUAUUUUUCGAAAAACUAGCUAAAACCUAAAGCCCAAAAUUUUUAUGGAUAGGUUGUUCAGAUAGUCGUGUAGCAGCCGAAAGGCUUACCGGAAUGAUCCCUGGAGAACUUUUUGUUCACAGGAAUGUAGCUAAUUAAGUAAUUCACACAGAUUUAAAUUGCCUUAGUGUAAUUUAAUAUGCUGUUGAUGUGCUAAAUAUUAAAGAUAUUAUUGUUUGUGGACAUUAUGAAUGUGGAGGUGUUGCAGCUUCUAUAGCAAAUCCGAAAUUAGGCUUAAUUAAUAAUUGGCUUUUACAUAUUAGAGACCUCUAUUUAAAACAUUAAGUUUAUCUUUAAAAACAUCCAUAAGAUAAAAUUGUUAAUAUUAUGUGUGAAAUUAAUGUUAUUGAAUAAGUCUAUAACUUAGGAAAUAGUACUAUAAUAUAAGGAGCUUGGGAUAGAGGAUAAGUUGUUAAUAUUCAUGGAUGGAUUUACGGAGUUAAUGAUGGAAGAUUAAGGGAUUUGGCAAUUACUUGCUCUAAUUUAAAAGAUUUAACCACAAAACAUUAAAAAUAUCUAGAUUUUUUAAAAUGA